AUGCACCACCUCUUUGGGCUGGUUCUGGCCCAGAAGGACCUCUCGCGUGCGGGGGAUCUCUUCUCCUUAGAUGAUGCUGAAAUCGAAGGAAGCAUCUCAGAAGCUCUCGAACAAAUAAGAAUAAUUAGUUCCUCUGUGGACUACCAGAGCAAUGACAACGACCAGGCGGUGGUGGAGAUCUGCGUCACUCGCAUCACCAGCGCCAUCCGGGAGACGGAGUCCAUCGAGAAGCACGGCAAGGCGCUCGUGGCUCUCUGGGAGUCGUGCCUGGAGCACAACCUGCAGCCCUCGGGGAGGGACGAGGACACGCCGCACGCCAAAAUAGCGUCCGACAUCAUGAGCUGCAUCUUGCAGAAUUACAAUCGACCUCCAGUAAUGGCCUUAGCUGUCCCAGUGGCCGUGAAAUUUCUUCAGAGGGGAAAUAAGGAACUGUGUAGAAACAUGUCGAGUUAUCUGUCGCUGGCUGCAAUUGCCAAAGUGGAUCUGCUGGCUGAUCACACAGAUGCCAUUGUCAAAAGUGUCCUUCAAGGUAUGA